GUGCAAGAUAAACCAUCUGACACCACUGCCAUUCAUUUCAAGGGGUCUCUCAAAAAUUUCGGAAUUUUUACUAGCAGCUUUACAGAUAUAAUUUUAUUGUAGACACUUGCCACACAGCCUACUGUUUUAACCUAUCAUGUGCCACACUUGCCAUCACACAAAAGUUGUGGCUCACCUUGCAAAACUGGACCUAAGAUAAUAUAUGGAACUCAUUCAUUAAAAUUGUGAGCUCCCCCAGCUCUCUGAUCCCUCACUGUAGAGUACGCUGCCCUCUACCCAACCACAGGGAACUCACUGGUCUGGAAACCACAGCACUAGAAUCAUUGUAAUACCGUGAGUUGACCCCCCCCUCACCUUCUCAUCCACGGAUCGAACUUCAGCGUCUCAAGCAACAACGAAGUUUGACAUCUCAUCGUCCAGUCUCAAGAAGAACACCGCCCUGCACUCUACUGCUGUUAUUUUCCUUUCACUUCGGGUCUGUUGCCUCCAUAGCUCUCCUGGCUUUUUAAGCAUUCCUGCUACACUGUUUUACAGCACCGUCUUAAUGUCACCAGAGCUUAUGCAUGUCACCAUGGCAAAAUGUCUUGCACCUUAUUGGUUUGGAUUGCUCUGUGUAUGGUCAGUCUAAUAGCUUGGCUCUAGGACUUUAUGUGUUGCAGUUGACUGCUAUAUUUUAAACUCCUUUGUCUUUUGGAAAUAAAUUAAUUUUCUGACAUCAUUUAGUAAACUGCAAAUGGCAAAGAAUAACUUGCCAGCAAUGUCAGAGUGAUGCCCAGCCUUAAAAUGAUUAUUUCUAAAGCCAAGCUAUUGUUUUUUGUUUGUUUUUUUUCACUUGUUAUGCUGUAUGCUCGUAAAUGCAUGGAGUGAGUUCUUGUCUUGCAUGUCUCAUUGGUUGACUAACUAUACACUGAAUUCACGGGUGGCAACUGUUUAAGCUCAGAAUAAGGUUUUCUUUGAAGUUUGUGUCUCACUACAGUUGAAAGUGAUUGCAUAUACAGGAAGUUGGCCGCUUUGUUUUUUUUGCCACACAAAAACCUUUCUUCCCUGGGUUUCUUUUAAAAGUGUUACAUGUAAUAAGGUCACGCUCUCUGCUCAAAUUUCUCAGCCUGUGCCCUCAACACACCCCCCAAUCAGCUCACUUUGCCCAACCACUGUCACCAUUUUCCGGUGUUCACUUUUUUUUACAAGAAUACUCUGCCUCCACCCCCCUAAAUACUUGACAGACUAUAAAGGUCACUGCUGCACAGCUUGCAAAAAAACUUCUACUGUCACUUUUUGAAUGUACAAAAUUACAGAUAAUUGCUAGGCCAGUUUGUUGCUGUAGCUGACUGGCCGACCUUUGGGCUUGGCUUCACAAUGCUUCCACUAUUGUUUCACUAAUGCCUCAGUGAGUAUGAGCCUGAGAAGGCUGCACUGUCCCUCUACACCCCUCUGCUUUUAUCCACACUGCACUGCUCUCACUGUCCUGCUGCCUGUGACUCUGUUUGAUAACGCCACGCUACUGUGAUCUCCCUUCCCGCUUCCUUUCACACACAGGCUUCAGUGCACUACCGCAUUCUCACCGCCGCGAUCACUCAGCAUACCUGAGACCCUACUGUGACAUCGUCAUACCCACCGGUGGCGCUGUCACCCCGCCGAGGCUGAGUUGUGCCGACCUCCCACCUAGGAGUCCCGGACAGCAGGCGCUCAGUCCCCAGCUUCGCCGGCUGGAGCAACACCAGAGACAGCUGCUUGAACUGCAGCAGCGCAGGGGGCUACAGAGCGGACCCGUGGAGGUGGUGGAGCAGGAGAGGAAGACGAAGGAGGAAGAGGAGCAGAGGAAAAAGAGAGAGCAGGCCGAGGAGGAGAUAAAGAAGAAUAAAGAGGCAGAGGAGAAGAAGAAGCAAGAACUGGAGGAAGCGAUGAAGAAGGAAGAGGAGCUGAAGCAGAAGGAGGAGAUGGAGAAGCAGAGGAGAGACCUCCAGCUGCAAUUACAGCAGCAGCAACAGGAGCUCAAGCAAAGGCAACAAAUCAUGCAGUGGCAGCAGGAGCUAGAACAACAACAGCAGCAGCAGCAGCAGCAGCAGCCUCAUAAAGGCCAGUCCACAGUGCUGCUGUCUCCCUCCUCUGGCCUGUGCACCAUCUAUGAAGCCCUGGAGAACAGUGACGACGAGCAAGCUGAAGAAGACGAGAUGAAGGAGCUAAACCCUGCUAAAGAGCAGAAAGAGACUAGUGAGGAAAUGGUGAAUCAAGAGAAGGAUGAUCACCAUGUGAAGGUAAAGUCAGAUGAAGAUAAACAUGAAUGCUCUUCACCUCCAACUGAGACUGCUCCUCCUCUCCCAGACUCGCCCCAGAGUCCCACGGGCCCCCAGCACCCUGACGUCAACAGUCCUCCACAGGACAUAGACAAAUCAUCUCCCCCUCCUGAGUCUCCAGAGCGUCCUCCACCUCUGGACCUGGACUGGGGCAAGAAAGUUGAUAUAGUCCAGCAGCUGAUCAACCAAACCCUGCUGCUUACUGGAGAUGGCUGCUCCUCCUUGCUGCUCCUGCCGGGGGGUGGAGGAGGCACGCUGAGCCCCUUGGAGAGCAGCCUGUGGCCCAGCAUGUUGCCUCCACUCACCCCUCCCUCUGCCACUGUCACCUCUGUUAGUAGUUUCUCGCCAGAGGCUCCUGGGAGCUCCCCGCAGGGAGAGUGGACAGUGGUGGAGCUGGAGACGCAUCACUGAGGGACUCAACACACAAAUGUUAUGUCUCACAAAACACAAACGUUUGUAGUACUGCAGAUUUAGUAUUGAAACAUACAUACAGAGACAAUAAUACAAGUGCUGGCUAUAUACAUGCUUACAUUUGGGGAUUCACAUCAGUAGGAACUGCAUAUAGGGUGAUAUAAAUAUGUCUGCACAGGUGCACACAUCUACUGUACAUGCACCCUUUAGUAAUUGAAUGUUUGCUUUUGAAUGACACCUGUGUACUCAUUUACUGUGUAUGAAGUGUAGACAGACACAUGAACCUGUGGUGCUAUAGAUCCACCUGGGAGACAUAGGGAUUUCUAGAUUUGCUUCAUAAACAGACAUGCACAUACCAGUGCUUGGUGGUGCUGAGGUUUAAUAGUUAACUGUUUCUCAAAGCAUGCACACUGCUCCUCAUUGCAAGAGAGAAACCUGGGUGACAUCUCUGCUACACACACACACACACACACACACACACACACAUGCAUUCUUAUUCUAGGAGCCAAAUGCAUCAUGACACCGUACUGGCUCUCACACUGUAACUCGGCACUUGUCUUACCUCAUACUUGUAAUCCAACCCGUCUGCAAACAAACACCACACUGACAGGUGGGACUAUAUUGUUACAACUCAGUCUUCUUAAUACACACAUGAAAAAGUACUUUUUAAAUGACUGGCAUAAUCCCAAGAUGCAUCACUGCUAAUAACAAGAUGGGAUUGAAUACCUGUUUCUACUUCCAUGCCAGAUCUCUCUGCCAUGGAUGGUCACAUACACACACACACACACAUAUACACACACCAAUGGUGCCAAGUGGCCACUAUGACUCAAUGGUAUAUUACCUUUACUCUGUUUUCCUUCCACAGCCCCUUUAACUGAAACCAAAAGUCUUUAUACAUGUUGAUGCACAUCUUUAUCACUUUUCUUCUCAAUGAUCUUAAUAUUUACACUGGAGAUGUCUUGCUGCUGAGUAGUGAUACAAGUUAACUGAAGCUCAUUUGGCUUGACCUCGACAUCUUGACGAAAUUGCACUUGGCCGAUAUCCUAAAGGCAAUUGAACUGGAAACAUGUCGUCCAACACCUGAUUUAUCUAUGCUCUAGUCUGGUGAUUACCUUUAGAGGUCUGAGGACUUGAGUUGAUUGUUUAGAAACUGCUGAUGUUUUAUCCCAUCCAUCUAACUUCCCUCGGUAUCAUUUUAUUCAGAUGGUUCGACCUUUUAGAUAAUGAAGUCCAACACGGAUAAGCAGGUUUUAAAUGUCUUAAAAACUGUCAUUGUAUUAUACAUGUAACAGGGUCUAUAGGUGAGCCAUACCUGCUUGAGGUGAUGAAAAAAAGUUUAUAUUAGUAAUUGAAUUGAAUACUACUGAGAUUUAGAAAUUUUACAGUUUAAUGUUGAGCAUCACUGUUUUGUACCUCCAUACCUAAACCCAAACUCACUCUUCCUCCGAUGUGGGUCUUGUUUGUCCGAUUUUUAGAUGAUAAAAGAGAGGUGGAGUUCAGGGAGAAUUAAAUUCAGAAACAUGGCCUUGUAGCGUGAUAGUGUCCAGUACAGAGACUUUUACUUGAAAAAAUGAUGACUAACUCUGGGUUGAACCGAUACUGCUGUGAGGGUCCGGGGUCUUUCCACCAUGUCAUGGGUGGAUAUGGGGAGUGCAGAAGAGGAAAGUGAGGAGUAAACUAAAGAGGGGAAUAGUAGUAAAGGGGAGGGUGGGGGCGUAGGCUGCUGGAAGUGCUGGUUAUCAGCAGGGUGUUACGGGAUCUUAUUGCGUAUUAUCAUUAAAACUGUGAUGAACUAUGGGACACAAGUGUCCUUUGUCUCUGGUUGUAAAUGUUCAUGACUUUGCCGUCUGUCUGUAUGUUUACUGUGUGUUUGUUAGUGAAUAGUGUUUCAGCCAGACGUUUUGAUCUGUUUCUUUGUUGCUAGUCUUAUGAUGAAGGAAUUCUCUUGGGUGCAAAUCGGCUUUCGUGUGAAGUCAGUUUAUGUAGCUCUUAUCUCUCGUUCAGAUCUGACCGGAGGGCACAGACUACAAGAGCUGCUGUCACUGUGAAAGAAUGUGAAUUGGUGUGACGUUGCACUCAUGUCCUUUUGAAUCAGAGUUUUGUGUGUGUGUGUUUUUAUGUAUCAACUUCUCGGCUGACUGCCCUUGCCUUGCAGAUUGUUAACAGCAUAAGAACUGAAUUGAUGUGUUUAUAAAUUGAAUUGAAAGCCGAAGAUCUUUGUUCAAUGAGCCAAGUCUGAAACUGAGGCGGAUUCAGUGUCUAGCAGGCAGCAGUGCAGCCUCUGACUCUCAAGACAAAUCGUUGCCCUUUUCAGCUGCUGAAUCCAGCGAAGACGUUGCCCUUUACAAAUGCCCACUAGUCUGUCCACAGUGUCUUAUCGGAGCCGGUGCGCAGUAGCUGAGAGGCAAGCAAGCAGGAGUUCAUGCUAAUGUAGUUUGGUACAUUCCACUUGUCAGGGUCAGGUAUUUUUAGUUCCCACAAUGCAUUUUUUUUUUUUUUUUUUUUUUACAAAGCUGGACUUUAAAAGUUUUGUUUAAACAUGUCUGUAGUGUAUUUGUAAACCUAUAUGUGUGCAUUAUCUGUUCAAAAAGGACUGCUAAGAGCCUUUUUCACUGUAAUGAAGGGAAACUCCACUGGAAUUUUAUUUUGUACUGUAGAGAGAUUUAGGAGUACAGUAAUGAUAGCCCUUUUGAGAGUCAUAAUAUAGAUUUUUAAUUGAAAUAGAGAAUGGAGGUUAUUAUUUGUAAAUGAUAGCGAUAUUAGUAAUAUUGUUUAUUAAGUAAAUCGCCUGGGGAGUGCCUCAUUUUUCAGUUUUACUGAAAGGUGACUGUCAGUAGUUCCCUUCUUCAUGUCCAACAAAGUCAAUAGAGCUGAUAAACCAAGUUUAGUGGGUACAAUGUUAAACUCCAUCACACAAGGCAAAACUCUGGUGAACAAAUUAUAUUGUGGUACUCUAUGUGGUACCUAGGUGGCCCAUGAAAUGAACAUUCACUUGUACAUUAUAGUUCUCAAAUUUGUUCAAUACACUCCAAUUUUGUAUAUUUUUAUAAUUUAUUGAAGUUGAAGUGCAGCCCAUGCUUACUAAUUUAAAUAUGACUUGAUGUACUUGUUGAAACGAAGUAAAUUGUGGCUGAAAUUAUGGCAGCUUGUUUGAAGUAUGUAAUAUUUCCCUUACGUUCUUUGACUUUGUGAAGGACAAAAAUCUGUGAUUGUGUGUAAUUAUUUCAAUGCAUUGUUUCAUGUGAAUUAAAUGAUUUUUUUUAAAA